AUGAACCCAAAACAAGAAAGUGAUCCUCAACUGAUUCCAGAGGGACAAAUUGGCUUCUCCACCACUCUCUUGCGUACUCACGAAGCAUUCCUCUCGUGCUCUUUUCCACGUCACACUUCACCUUCUCUUCCAACACGGGACAUUGCUCUUUCUGCCUAUUUCCUUUCGUCUUCCGUUCAACCAUUCUCAACCAUGAAACCAACGUCUUCCACUGUUUCUUCAUCUUCCAAGUUUCCUUCUUCAAGCGCUGAGUUUGAGAAGGUCAUUAGUUUGCAGCAGCCACUUGAAUGCUCGCAAGGGAACCCGGUUCCGGCAUUCCUAUCCAAGACUUUCGACCUCGUUGAAGAUCCAUCGUUGGAUCCGAUCAUAUCCUGGGCCUCCUCCGGUGUUAGUUUCGUGGUGUGGGAUCCUACCCUGUUAGCAAUACACGUCUUGCCCAGGAAAUUCAAGCAUAACAAUUUCUCCAGUUUUGUUCGCCAGUUAAAUACCUAUGGAUUCCGCAAGAUUGACUCUGACAAGUGGGAGUUUUUUAAUGAAGCUUUUCAGAGAGGAAAGAGACAUCUUUUGAAGAACAUCCAAAGGCGCAGACCUCCUCAGCCCCAUCAGUUUGGUAGCUAUAUUGUGCCUUAUUAUUCUGAUGCAGGUAAGGCUGGACUUGAAUUUGAGAUAGAAAGACUAAGGAAGGAAAGGAGUGUGUUAAUGCAAGAGGUGGUUGAGUUGCAGCAACAGCAACGGACAACACUUCGCCGCGCUAGACAAAUAAAUCAGAGGCUCCAAUCUGCAGAGGUGAUACACAGACAAAUGCUUUCUUUCUUGGCAAGGUUACUUGAAAGCCCAGCGUUUUUAACAUGCCUUCAGCAUGAGAAGGAACAAAGAGAUAUAGAAUCUCCUAAAGUGAGAAGGAGGUUUGUCAAGCAGCACCAAGGCCAAACAGGAAUAUCAGAUUUUUUGAAGGAAGGGCGCAUUGUAAGAUACCAACCUGAUUGGAGAGAUGUAACCAUCGCAGCCAAAAUACCAGAAAUGUGUCCAGCUUCACUUGAAGAGGGUUCCGAUUACCUUUCACGGGGUUUGGCAAAUGAAUUGAUUGAAGGUGCUGAGCAUCUGAUAUCAGAUCCGGAGGUUAUGCCAACUGCUGACACCAUUGGGUUAAAGUCAUCAAGCUUUGCACUUGAAGAUACCCUUUUCAAAGGGAAAAAUGUCAUGAACUCAAAUCAGAAAGAUGUUCUUGCACAGGAAUUUGUUUCCUUCCCAGAGGAUUUGACCAAGGAGGCAGGACUUCCAGAAUUUUCGCCUCUUGGUACAGAAAGCAUCAUCAAGCCAGAAGAUGGAUGGAACCCCACCUUCAAUGUUAGUGGCGCUCCUUCAAGCUCUAGGAAUGAACCGUGGGGAAAUCCUAACCAUGAAGGGCAAGAAUUUGGAAUCAUAAGUGGUAUGUCGGACAUGUGGGAUCUUAGCUCACUGUGA